AAGCUGCAAUUAUUUUGUACACAGACGAGACGAGCAACAAUGCAAGUGUUAUUUAUACUUUUUGCACUGAUCUGCGGAGCAUUUGGGGCAUGGGAAAGCGGACUGCGUGUCAGGUUUGGUGUCGGCAUGGCCAUUGGGACGGAAGCCUUCAUUCCGAUCCCGCGGACGUUGAGUGCGGCGAAGUCCCAAGGAUGGGCUAAGACAGCCCGACCGUCUGGGCCGUUGCCAAGCUUGGUCAUGUACUGUGCGGAUGACCGCAUGAUGUGCGCACUUUAUGAUCCAGAGGGCGUUGUUGCUGGAAUACAAAUCGCUAUAGCACAAAUCGACAUCAGCGGCUCGACAUUAAACUGGAAAACUCAAGGCUUUGUCGAAUGGACCGCGACAACCGCCGAUGGGACGAAACUCAAGUAUUGGGCGAUCCAGCAAUAUUUCGUCUCAAAAGCAACGUUAGACAUGAGCAAAGAAGAUCGUAUGAAGAUGACCAACUCCUCGUCUUUGCUGCGAGAGGGCGCUGUGUGGCUACCGGGCUUCAAUGGAAAGCUGAUGCGGAUCUCCGCGAAGAGCGCUGACCUUGAAAAGAGUUCCUUCACUAGACAAGCUUGCCUUCCUUUGAUGGGUCGUCACUAUUAUUACAAAAUGACACCAACAACGAGUUGCGCAUCCGACAAGUUGUUGCCAUGGUUCCCGAUCGCCCACUCCGGGCAGACAAUCGCCACCGGUCUCAUAUUGCACGGAAAACUCGCAUUCAACAAGAGGACUAAGAAGAAUUGGUUCGAAAACCCGGAUCGUGCUGCAGUUAAGGCUAUUGUUCCCAGAGGUCCACAAUGUCUUUACAACUUAGCUGACAACCCGGGAGUUGUGACCAUUCACAGUUACUAUGUGGAGGCACCCUGGACUAUUAAUUGUACUGGAAAUUAAUUCAUCCUCUAAUAACUGUCUGCAAUAAACUCACACGAUUUUUUUU